UAGCGCUAAAUAAAUUAAAUGCAAACAAAUUCCUGCGCCUUUUUAUUACAUUUUGUUAACAGCGCGGCGCUAGGCAUGAAAUAUUGAGUUCAUUUCGCAAGAGGCUGUCGCUGCCCAAAAGUUCGCCCCAAACAUCUCGCACUUCUUUAACCCCACACAAAAGUGGCUCAUUGUUAACGUGCGCGUGAAUACUUAACCGCACCAGGGAAGUGAUAUUUUAUAACCCUUCGCCCUCAUUACGUUCCGAACCCGAAACGCCGGGGAGCUUUCUUUAAAGCGCAACGCUUCAAACACACACACACAAACACAGCCCCAAAUAACUGCUGACAUCGAUUAUUGUUUUCCUAACCCUUCCGCUUCAUUCGUUCGAUGGGCCGGGGGCAGUCGGUCUAGAGUUUCAUUUCGCCUUCUCCGCAUCAUCCCCAUCCCCCUCAAAAACAGCAUGAAUAAUUUAUAGUGAUAAUUGUAAUGCUUACCUACCCGUACUCGCGUAACCUUCGUGUUCAAAUAACAGCAUGGACAUGGUCUCGAAGCUCAUAAAUCCUACAGCGAGUCAGCGAGACCAGUACAGGGGGCUCCCGAGACGUGUUUGGAUGUCUAUCAUUCGAUGCUCUGACCCGCUGCUGGCCACAGUCGGGAUGAUGUAACAAUGUAUUCACAGCAUCAAGCCGUCCGCUCUAGCCACAGCGCCACAGCUGUCCAUCUAUGAUGAGAAAGUUCAUCUGGCUGAUGUGUGCCCCGUAGCCAAGCUCUAGCGGCGAGGUAAAGGCAGGCCCGCAUGCAGUGUGGCGUAUGAUUUUGAAGCAAUAGCCGUGUGCGAGAUGCAAAUGUUUGGCAUCUUGGCAUCUUGCGUAUCUUCUUUGGAGCAUCAAACGGCGCAAUGGUUUCUCCCCUUCCACCGUGUGGACUGUGGAUCCAAGGGGCGGACCAGGCUUCGGAAAUGGAGUCUGAUUUGGUGUGUGUGUGUGUGUGUGUUGCUGGUGGACGUAAUGGAACGGUUGUUUGUCCGGAUCCGGUCACACCGAGUGCGUUGAAAGAAGUUAUAAAAGUAUCCGAACUGAAGAUGGGCCCAGUCAGUGCUGUAUGAUCAGUUCCGGUGGCUGGACGUACUGCGGCGGGUUGCUGUGGACCACCCUUGGAAAAGUUCAAACAUGGAAAUCUGUUUCUCACUUUUACUCCAAAGCAUAGCAAUUCUGGGCCUCGAUGGAUUACCAAAGCGUCGGUGGAAGUUUAGCCGGGAAUUACUGCUAAGUCGCUGCUGUCUACUAGCCCUGUUACUAGUGCUAUGCUGCCAGCUAACACCCACCGUUCAGGGAGUUCCCCGAAGACACACCGCCAAAGCUUACGAUGCAGAAGAGGGAUACUACGAGUCCGACGGUAGCUACGAGGAAGAUGACGACGAGCAGCACUACGGAACAGGUGAGACGAUCCAUCACGGUGCCGGCAACCCGCACGACGAUAACGAUUCUGUGGAAAUAGAGUACGAAGAGCAUGACGGACAUCAUCAUCAUCAUCAUCUACCGAACGGGGUCGCCGAGUCGGACGAAUCCAGCGAAGAUCAUACCGAAGAUGCUUUCAAUAACGCCAACCUGCUAGCCCAACUCGGCAUCCAGCAGAAGCUACCGGAAGGGUACGGGAAGAGCAAGAAGAAAGGCAAACACUACGGACCGCCGCCGGUUACGAUCGCCGUCCCGUACCCGGUGCACAUCGAGCGGAAGGUUCCGGUGUUUAUCGAGAAGAAGGUUCCGGUGAUCGUGGAAAAGCAGGUGGAAGUGCCCGUCGACCGACCGUACGAAGUGCCCGUGCCGGUGAAAGUGCCCGUCCACGAGAAGGAAGUGAUACACGUGCCGAAACCGAUCGUCUUCAAUGUGGACCGACCGUACCCGGUGUUUGUGCACCGGACUGUGUUUGUGGACAAGUACCGGCCGUUCAAAGUGUUGAUCAAGUCGAGAAGUCGCUACUAGACGCGCGUGUGUUUGACGGUUUAAAACUGGCUACUGCGAUGACGUUAGACUAGAGGUUGGAGGUGAGUCUGCAAAUGAAAGUUGCUAACAGGUGGCAGUGCCAACUUGAUCGAACAUACCAGCAACAUUGUAGCGUCCAAACCGGACGAAAUGAAAGUGUCAAUGAACUGUGGUGCUUGAAACAGCUUGAAAGAGUGCUUUUUCGGCUUCAAAAACACACACUGCGCCUAAUCCGUUCGCCAAUUUUCGGCGGGGAAACCGCUGCUGUGUGACUUAGGUAAUAUAUCCGCACCGUACAUUUCGGUUUCGGUUCCCUUUCUUUCGGGGGUGGCUGAAAAGGUUGCGGCUGUGGUGGAGGAAUCGAAUCAACUGCACGAGUGAAACUGUUGUGGCACUGUGGCCACUUCGGUCUUCUUUGCUGCGCGCGGUGCCACCACGCACGUAACCGCACGCUCUAAAGCGAACGAAACCAAAAGUAACGAGUACCUUGUGUGACUGCCAAUACCGUGUGGCUGGCCCUACUGCUUUGCUGCUGCUAUUAUGACUGUACACGCUCGUUCGCUUCGUGUUCGGCACGGUUGACGGAUCGGUUCGGUGUGCAAACCGUUGUUUGUUAGUGAUUUGUUUCAUUUUCUUCUGUGCAUGCGUGUAUGUGUGUGUGAGUGUAAAGAUACGAAAUUUCGGUGCUCCGCCACUCUAAACCCUGUCCAACAAUAAUCCAUGCAAAUUAAUCGGCCACUUGGAAAGAAUGGUGGUACUUAUUAGUCAGCAGCUGAUGGGUUGUUGUUAUCUCAUCGAUCGGCCUAGCAUCGCCGGGGCAUCUCCAGCAGACCUUAUCGUUUGAUUUUUUUUAAAAUGUUGUUGUUGAGGUUUAGACGAUGACCACAGCAGACCGGUGCGAGUGGUUGAAGCAAACGAGCCAGAUAAUACGCGCGAUAAAAGGUGCGAUGAAAUGCAUGAUUGAUGAUUGGUCGUUGAGUGUGAAAGGGUUUGAUAGUUUGCACAUCACGUUGUGAAAAGUGUCUGUCUGAUAGCUUUUAGUAUUUGUUCUGAAUAACGAGAUAAGAUUA